AUGAAGAUGAGAAGUUGUGGCACAAAAAAGGAAUCUUUAAAUACAUUACUUAAGCAGCUAGAAAAACAAAAAAGGAGUCUUGAAAAUCAAGUCAAAGUCUAUGCGUUUAGACUGGAGCAAGAAUCAAAGGCUUACCACAGGACUAACAAUGAACGCCGUACCUAUCUUGCUGAGAUGUCUCAGGCUUCAGGUUCCCAUCAGAUUCCAAAAAGGCAACAACACAUGGAACAACUGCCAAAAAUGAAGGAGAAUCUAGUGAAAAUGGGAAGAUUUAAUCUAGUCCACCAGAAGACAGCAAAUGCCAAGAAAGUACCAGUCAAAAGAGUUACAAGAUCAAACCAUCUUCCUAAACUCAAUCCAUGA